GUUUGAUAAGGGCGAAGAGAAUCCCCCAACUUCUUUUAUCUGGGAGAAUCAAGAAAUUAUAUUAGAAAACAAAUUGCUGAAUCUAAUGACUAAAGAAGAACUUGGAGAAGAUUUCAUUUCUUAAACUUGAAGACAAAUUUACAAAUUUUACAAAAAUAAAAUGCAAUGUUCACUCAGAACUCCUUAGAUUUUAUAGUUUGCCUAACUUGGACAUUGUUGAUCCACGUACAAAUUAUAAUGAAUUAAAUAAAACUAAAAUCAUGGUAUUUUUUAUAUUUGAAUUUCGAAUAUUUAAUGCAAAGUUAGGGUUAAAAACUUUUGAAUAAAAAAAUUAAUUGGAAUUGUUUAAUAGUACAUCUGUUACAUCUGCUAUCGGAAUUCCUCAAGAUCAAAAACGGAAUUCCAAUGGAUUUUCUUUUUGUUCCUCUAGGAUUAAAUAGUUUCUUGAUAAAUUUUUGUUUUGGUCUAAACAAUACGAACGUCCAACAAACCCUACCAUUGAAUUUGUGUGAUAAGAAUUCUCGCAACCUCUUAUUUAUUAGAAAUCACACAACCUCGUGCGUGGGUUCAUAUCACCUGCGUCAGUGCAUCUCCUCUAGUAUUUUAACCAUUUUAACACAAUGUGUUAUACAUCUAAGAUAAUAUUAUAACACUUGCCGAUUUUUAUUUAUGUAAUUUGACUUCAACAACACAUAUUAGAAAUCAUAUAAAUCUUAAAUAUCAA